UCAAUGCUUUUAUUACUUUGGCAGUUGAUUUAGUUUUGCUUAUGAAAAAUUUGGAGUUUUUGCUAGACUUUAACGUAAUUAUUUGUAAUUGUAAUAGUCCCAAUUAAGACCGAGUAAUAUAAUUAUCUUAGCCUUUUUAGUAGCUACUUACCCAAAUAAAUCGCAGGUAUUAUCCUCAAUUUAUGAAAAAAAUACAAACCUAAAAAAAAGAACAACUGAUGCUAAUGCGGAUUGAAAGAAUUGAUACAUAUGCAAUAGGUUUAAUCAUUAUAAAUGGAUCCAAACAAGAUUAAACUAGAAUCUGGAGUACAGUUACUGGCAAGAUUGAUAAAAAAAUCAAAAAUCGAAAACUUUUAUCCAGUUCUAUUUAAAUCUGGACCAAAGUUUGGCGAAGUAAUUGAAAUGUUUAGCAAUAUCAGCUUGUCCACACUUCUUAUAGAUAUGAUUUGUGAAGCAUUAAUACCUAUCAAAUUAGGUGGUGCUCAAUUAAGUAUUUUAAUAUUUAAAACUGAUGGAGAUUUCAAUUACGAUGCGUUGGUAGAAUGUCUUCGAAAAAAACUUGAACAAUUUAAAAGUUUGUUUCACGAAACAAUGAGUAAUUUACACAUAUUAGAAAUUUAUGAUGCUACUCAAUUUUACACCACCAUGUAUAAUUUGGAAAACAUUUUCACAGAACAUUCAGACAUUUCUUUAAUUAUAUUUGAUACACUAACAGCAUUUUAUUGGUCCGAACAAGGCUUUAAAAUAACAAAAAUGGAUAUGUAUUUAAAAAAUGUACUUAAAGUUAUUCAGGAAGUUAUGAAAGAUUAUAAAAUAACAGUGAUUUACACAAGACCUGAAUAUUUUAAUUCAAGUAAGGAUACAAAUCUGGAAACAUGUGUGAACUCUAAUACAGAAGGACUUGAUUAUCGCAUACAAUUAAUAUUUGAGGAAGGUGUAUAUAAGGUGAUUGUGAAAACAUCUCAAUUGAGUAUAAAAAGACAUUUUAUAAUAUUAGAUAAUAAAAUUAAUUGGAUUUAAGUUCUAUGAAUAUAAAUAAU